AAAAUUAGUUGCACAAAAAAAACUAGAACAAAGUUAACAAAUCUGAAGAAACUCCUUACAGAUGCUGGCUCCAAUAUCUGAUUCGUAGUUACCGAAAACGUCCGUGACCGGAAAACUAAGGCGAAUCUCCCGUGAUCUGCGUAUCUAAGGAGCAAGACGGGACGGGCGGGUUUGAAGGCUGCUUUUGCUGAUCGACGUCAGUUAAUGUUACACUAAAAUUAUACUGUACUUUCGACUGGAGUUGACUUGGCUUGCUUCUUCGUCUCUCUGCUUCUGGUCUGUGGGCUUUAAGGCACAUUGAAAUCAAUAUGACGGCAAUAAAAAUCAGGGUUGGGGCUGAUCCACGUGGGAAAUCCACUCCUCUUUUUUUAGACUUAUUUUGCCGCAGUCUUAUUAUCCUGUGUACAUUUCUGUCUGUCAUCCUCUCAUCUAUUGCGGUGUGUGAUGGUCACUGGCUGCUUGCCGACCGCCGUAUGUUCGGCCUCUGGUAUUUCUGCUCACUGGAGGAGCAGCAGGGCUCUGUGUUGGGGUCCCAGAGUUUUAAAGCAUCCUCUAACUGCACUAGACACCUGGAGGAGGCAGGGGUGGAUGGUCUGGGUGUAGGCUUGGCGUCGUGUCGUUUCGUGAUUACUCUGGCUGUGGUCAGUGCCAUAUUUGGACUGGAGUUGCUUGUGAUGUCACAGGCCAGUGAAGGGAGGGAUUCCAGUCGACGCUGGACCCUCGGGGCACGGCUGGUGCUGCUGGCAGGGGUAAUGGCUGCCGCAGGAAUUGCAUCUUUUGUACUCCUGUUAGGGGCAUUUGCAACGCUCCUUGGGUUUACUCUCACCUUCUGGUGUCAGUUCACUGCCACCUUCCUGUUCUUCCUCAAUGGAAUGGCAGCGCGGCACAUCCAGCAUAUUGAACCGCUGCUGCCCUUUAGUGGACAUCCUGACAAACUGUAGAAAGAAGGCCGGCACCAACAAUAAACUCUCUAAAACUAAAAUGGAUUUUGAAUAAAUAAAUAAUGAUUUAUAAAUAGUGAACUUUCUUAAAAGGUCUCAAAAAGGCCAAUUGUAUCAAUGUUAAUAUUUGAAAUUGCACUUUGCAUUGUGUUGUGUUUUAGGGUUGAAGGAAAUGUCUGUAAACUUAAUAGAAAAUAUCCUUUAAGAAAAUUACUGCAGGCCUGGUGUGCAAAUAAAUGAUUUUUUUUUUUUUUUUUUUUUACAGCAGAUUGUUGCAUUCUAUAAUUUUUAUUUGUGUUAAUAAUUUUUUAAUUGUUUUUAAUGUAAUUAAUAUUAUUGAUGACCAGCAGCUGACAACUGACUCAAGUUUCAUCUGUGAACAGUGCAUCUUUAUGGUUCAUUUAAUAAAGAAUAACAGGUUAUUUAAUAAAGGAGCCUCACGUCUACAUAAUUAAACAGACUUUCAAAGUAUUUUAGUACUUUCUUAACAAGAUUUUUCUUUACAUUUUUGUGUUUUACAAUAAUAUUUUACAGGGAAAAUACAUGGAUAAUAGGUCUUCAAGGCAUCAUCAUCAAUAUUUACACAGAUAUACAAGACAAUGAAAAAAUAUAAAGGGUCAAUGUCUUCUUUAAAAUAUGUUUCUUGAGGUUCACUUAUGAAGGUAAUUUUUUUUUUUUUAUUAUUAAUGCAAAAACAAAUAUUUUUUUUUUUGCUAAACAUGUUUCUCACCUCCCAUAAUGCUAGAUUUUUGAUGCUCAGUUUCCUUUUAGGGUGUGUUUACACUUGGCAGGUUUGGUUUGAUUAAAAAAAAAAAAAAAAAACUCUGGUGUGAUUUCUCUGUUAGUUUGGUUCAUUUGUAUGUGUGAAUGCUGCCAUCAAAACCUUGGUGCUCAUCAAGAAAUAAAGGAAACUUCCAAAUACCCACACUUGUGGUCUUGUCCAUCUGAGGGGCACAGGCACACAACAGAAAGUAAAUGCUCAAGACUCUCCCAGACACACGGUGCGUUCCAAAUGGGAUAUAUCCCCCUCCGAAGUACACUUUGGAGUGAAAACAAUCAUGGCCGCCAUUUUGAAGGGUCGUUCCAAGCCGAAGUGAUCAAAACUGGCCACUUCAAAGGGCCCCUUCAGAAUGAAGGAUUUGAAGGGUACAACUGAUGGACACUUCAGGCCCCUAUGCUCCUUUGCGCUGGUUCGUUCCAUGAUGAUGGCGCCUCCAUGUGGGCACGGUAUGAUGGUGCUUAAGGGAACUUCAGGAAACAGCUGGUUGGUCCCCUACACCAGGGAUCUCCAACCCGGCUCCUAGAGAGUUACCAUCCUACAGACUUCAGUUCCAUCCCUGCUCCAACAUAACGGUCUGUAAUUAUCAAGUAUCCCUGAACACCUUGAUUAGCUGCUUCAGGUGUGUUUAAUUGGGGUUGGAGCUGAAAUCUGCAGGACAGUAGCUCUCCCGGAGCAGGGUUGGAGACCCCUGCCCUACACCCUUUGAAGCUCUCACUCUGGAGGGUAAACCCUUUGAAGGGAUUAGGGCAUAGAGAUGAGCCCUUCCGAAUAGAAUGCAGGGACAGAUACAGGUAUAACUAGAUGCCCUUUAUUAGCAGCUGUUUCUAUGGGCCACUUUUUUUUAAGCUGUCUGCUGUACUGGAAUAGUCCAAACAUGUCCAUCAACACUUGAGAGCAAGUUUCCUGUGUGUCUGCAAAGUUCUGUGUCAUGCCAAGUUCUGUCAUGAACUCCAGUUGGCGCAGGCUGAUGGGUCAUUCAAGCAAACUGAUGAUAUUUACGGCAUUAAACUACUUGGCACAAGCUGAUUGGUUUAUGUUGUAUAUGCAGCCAGUUAGCUUGAUUGUUUACAAUUAAAUGGCUGGUUAGCAUCUACUAGAGCAUUUCAAUGGGGAAGCAUUCCAACUUCCCCAGCUCCAACUGUAAUCUGCAAUGGGUUAUUACAUGUAUAUGUUAUUUGUGCAGCAUCAGUAUGUCUUAAAUACUCACAGCACCAUAUAAACACAUGUAAUGGCAGUAGCAAGUUCCUGUACUUGCUUUGCAGCAGCAGUAAUAACCAACAGCAGCAGCACAGCAGAUCUAUUCUGCCAAGACCAAAUACAUUAACACAUAUAGAUUACCAUGCUAACAUCUUCUGAGAGCUGUGAUUGACAGAACUGUAGUUAUACCCAUGCAUGUAUAGUUUAUCAGCAGUAGAGUUCAGCAGAUGCUUUUUCUAAACUAACACAAUUACUAAAUUGUUUAUUCUGUUAGAUACUACUGAACAGACAUUUAUAAAUUCAUUCAAAAUCAAAGUAAAGCAAGGUAAACACUUGCAUUUUUACUGCAUCUGAAACCACAAAUAACCUAUAUUGUAGGCGACAGACAGUAUGUGACAAAAGAAGUAUGUCUGAAUUCAAAAUACUCAUAAAAGAGGUAGCAAAAAGUACCAAGAUGACCUACUACAACCGGUGUGAUUCUGAAGUGUGCAUACAAUGGACACUUUACUAUCCCAUGAGGCCACGGGAGAGGAUUUAUGAAUUGCAGUGAAAUGAUGCAACUGACUCUGGUAGGUCACAUGACAGUGACUGUAGAUGUAUGAAUGUAGUACAUCCACAUUAAUUCAUGAUACACACAUUCAGACUAAGAGUAUAUUUAGAACAUACUCUUUUUACAGUCGCAAAGUAGUUACUUACUCAAAAAAGGUACCUACUCAAGAGAGUGUGCGAUUUCUACACACGCUUGUGAACUUCACACCCAUUUAAACGCUUGGAUCAAAUACAGGAAAUACGUCAUGUACUGUAAGUAGACAAGUGGUCAAGUGAAAAGACCACAAGUGUGGGUAUUUGGACAAGCCCCUUGGACAGGCACGGUUGCGGUUCGACCGAAAGACAUCUAAACAAACUAAAACAGGAUGUGAUGUCACGAGAUGUGACAAAGGUACAGUAACUGGUUCUUUUCAUCGUAGGAGCUACACUUCAGUCCAAGCAUCAAAACUGGUCAGGCCCUUAUAGCAGAUCUUCAUGUGUUCAGUGGAGGAAACACUGCCACUGUUUUGACUUCGUUACACAUCCCAUAAGCUCUUUGUGAGUUAUAACCAGGUAAAAACAACACCAUACAGUACCUACACAUGUAAAACGAGCACAUUUAGCCUAGUAAACAGCAGCUGUUUUAGAUGUUUAGUAACUUCAGUUCUUUUAUGGUCUGGACCAAAAGAACCAAACUACAAGUGUAUACACACCAUAAGACUUUUCAGAAACAGCCAUUGUUUUGAUUAGCCAACGUCAUUACAUCUCAUUCCUCGGGUGCUUCUCAUUACUUAAAUAGUGAGGAUAAGAGGACACACAAAUUAGGAAAUGAGAUGUGCCUCUUGUCACCUCGCUGCUCACCACUUCUGGACGGCUAUGGAAAGGUAAAUUCUGUGUUCAUGUUUAGACGUAGAUGCAAAUGUCUGUUAAAGCAUGACAUUGCAUUGUGGAUAUUGCAGAAAAAAAAAACACUAUUUUGAGGGAGGAGGACUUUUUGCAGUCUGAAAAGUAUUUAACAUUUGGUAAAAUAAGCUUUUAUGUCAAAAGAUCAAAGAAAAUGUAAUUCUUGUAAAUCAUGACAUCUUUAAAUAAUCUCACAUAUUGUGCUCUCACUACCUAAUAUUGAUGUUUUCUCAUAUUUAUAUAAUAAGUUACUUUCACUGGACACAUGGAUUUGUUUUAUAAUACUAUAACACCACCAAGAACAGGCAGAUACAAGACAAAUACAAUCUUUUUCAUGAAUUGUUUGUUAUGGCUGGUUUGUUUUAGUUAAUCUGAGGGAUUGUGUGUUUAUAAUGGACUGUGGAUGAUUUUAGCCUGUUGUAUUGUGGUUUGAGUGAUCUCAGGCGGUGUUGGGUGCUUGUGGUCAGAUGAUCUGUGUGCUGGGACGUGUCAGAAG